AUGGAUAUCGACGACAUAUUACGAGAAGUCGAUCCUACAUUCGAUUCGAUCCCCGAAGACACACGCGACUUACAAGCCUUGACACGCGCCUGGGUCGCAGAAAGGUCCUCACCCGAGCUGCUCGAUUGGCCGAUCGACGGAUUGUUCGAACGUAUAAACGAGCGGAUUAAACAGCAGAUCGAGAAGAUCGAAGAAAUGACAGGAGAUAUGGAUCCUAAGACCAAUUUCGCCCUGAUAGUUAUACAAACCGAGCUUGAGAGGUAUAAAUAUUUGGUGCGGAGUUAUUUAAGAGCCCGUAUAGCUAAGAUCGACAAGCACACCCUGCACUACCUCUCCAACCCUGUAAUUCGGGCUCGUCUCUCACCGCCAGAACUUGCCUACGCAACUCGGCACCAGGCUUUGCUCCAUAACCACUACCUCUCCUCAUUCUUGUCGUCCUUCCCGGCGCCGUUGCAGAAUCUCAACGAUACUACUGGGAACAUUAGCAUGAUCGACAGCCCCGACUUGGAAACGGCUGUAUUCAUUCGCUUAUUAGGGGCUACGAGUGUUGAGGGAAGGGGAACCGAUGCGGAUGGUGAGAUAGAUGGCAACAACGGCGAUAUCGUUAUUCUACGAUGGUCGGACGCGAAGAAAUUGGUCGAUACGGGGGUAGCUGAGAUAGUAUGA